GCGGCGGCCAUGGCGGCCAGGCAAUGGCACGUCGCCUCCGUCUGCCGAGCAAAUCUCAUUCUGUUUCGAUCGAUCUUGGCCCCGGCAUGGCAGCGCAUUAAAUUCACUGCUCCGCCGGCCGCAUCGCACCCAAACUUAAUUCCAGGAUGCCCGCCGUAUUUACCACCACCCUUGUGCUCAGUCCUGCCUGCCACUGAAUCCAAUUGCCAGAGCAGAGCAGAGCAGGGGUCACUGGCCUGAGACCAGAGAGUGCUGCGUGGCGGCGCCUAUGAUGUCUGCCGGCUACCUAUGGCGGCCGCCGCCUCUGCUGCUGCUGCUUCUACUUAUGGUGAUGGCGGCGGCGGCGGAGAAGAAGGAGCCGUUGGUGCCGGCGCUGUUCGUGUUCGGUGACUCGCUGGUGGACAACGGCAACAACAACGGGCUGCCGUCGCUGGCCAAGGCCAACUACCUCCCCUACGGCGUCGACUUCGGCCCCGCCGGCGGCGAGGGAUCCCCCACCGGCCGCUUCUGCAACGGCUACACCAUCGUCGACUACCUCGCUGAGUUGCUGGGGCUUCCCCUGGUCCCGCCAUACUCCCAGCUGCUCUCCUCCGGCUCCGUCCCCACCAACGGCGCCAACUAUGCCUCCGCCGCCGCCGGCAUCCUCGACGACAGCGGCGCCAACUUCGCCGGGCGGAUCCCGUUCGACGAGCAGAUCAGCAACUUCGAGCGGACCGUCGCCGCCAUGGGCGCCGCCGGCAGCAGCACGAACCUGGUGGUGGGCCGUUCGAUGGUGUUCGUGGGGAUGGGGAGCAACGACUACCUCAACAACUACCUCAUGCCCAACUACGACACCCGCCGCCACCACACCCCGGCCCAGUUCGCCGACCUCCUCCUCUCCCGCUACGCCGCCCAGCUCACCAGGCUGUACAGGGCCGGGGCGAGGCGGUUCGUGGUGGCGGGGCUGGGCUCGCUGGGCUGCAUCCCGACGAUCCUGGCCCGGACCACGGAGGGCCGGUGCGACGAGCCGGUGGACCGCGACCUGGUGGCGCCGUUCAACGCCGGAGUCAAAGCCAUGCUCGACCGCCUCAACGACGACGACGACGACGGAGAGCUUCCCGGAGCCAGGUUCGCGUUCCUGGACAACUACCGGAUCGUCAGGCUCAUGCUCGCCGACCCGGCGGCGUACGGGUUCAGCGUGGUGGACCGGGGAUGCUGCGGCGUCGGGCUCAACGCCGGGCAGAUGACAUGCUUGCCCUUCAUGGAGCCCUGCGCUGACCGUGGAAGGUACCUCUUCUGGGACGCCUACCACCCGACGGCGGCUGUUAAUGAAGUCAUUGCUCGCGCGGCGUUUGAUGGCGGCGAUGAUGUCGUCUUCCCUGUCAACGUCCGCCGCCUCGCCCAGCUCUGAUCGAUCUCCAUCCGAUUAGAGAUCAAGAGCAUCAAGACCACCCCACGCAUGCAUUAGUACCAUAAUAACAUUGGGAUAUAUCGUAAUUUAUUUUGAGGGAACUACGACGGGCCAAAGCCAACACGAACCAUUAAUGUACCGUAUGCCGUCCACGGAAGGAAAAGUUGCUCUUAGCAUCAACUUUCAAAUCCAUUGUCAAGCCUCGCCUUCCUCGA